UGCGGCGCGCAGUUGCAUAUUCAUAUCGAGCGCGCUACACACGCGGCGACAGUGCGUAGCCCGAGUGUCAAUGUGCGUUUGUCGGCGGACGAUCCCCACCUGACCAGCUGCGCCCCCACGCCCCACGCCAUGGCGAGUAACGACGCGGACGCAGCGGCCGCUGCCCACAGGACGGUGAACAACGAGAAGCCGCUGCUGAAGGACGAGAAGGCGGCGCAGCAAGUGGAGGACGCUGACGACGAGGCGGAGGCGGCGUACGCCGUGGUGCCGCCCGACGGCGGCUGGGGCUGGGUCGUCAUGCUCGCCGGCUUCUGCUGCAACCUCAUCGUCGACGGCAUCAUCUCGUCGUUCGGCAUGUUCCUCGCCGACAUCUCGCGGGACCUCGGCGAGUCCAAGCCGCGCGUCGCCAUCGUCGGCUCUCUGCUGUCCGGUUUCUACCUCAUGGCGGGUCCUUUUGUGUCCGCUCUUGCCAACCGAUAUGGUUUCCGAGUAGUUGCAAUACUAGGAAGUGUUCUGGGAUGUAUUUCAUUCGCUUUGUGUUAUUUCGCAAAUAGUGUUAUUUACCUGUGUAUAGGAUACGGAUUUCUCGGAGGUGUUGGAUUUGGACUCGUAUAUGUUCCUGCAGUGAUAGCUGUUGGCUUUUAUUUUGAAAGGUGGCGAGCGUUAGCUACUGGAAUAGCUGUGUGUGGAUCUGGUAUUGGAACAAUGCUGAUCGCACCAUUAUCGUCGACCCUGAUAAAUACGUUUGGGUGGAGAGGAACCUUUCUUAUACAAGCGGGUCUUGUGCUAAACUGUGCAAUAUUUGGAGCACUUUUUAGACCGUUGAAACCCGUGAGAGUAAAGGUGGAGCCAGAAGCAACAAAAGAACCAGCAGAACUACCACUUCUGCUUCGCAUGAAGAUGGUUAGAGACAUGACAACAUCGGCAAACAGCAUAGGAGGUAACAAUAACAUGCGAGCGUCUGUUGGGUCUUUAGCCCACAAGCGACCAAGUUCAGUAGCACAUGAUGAUGAAAAACCUCACCGUGUUCGUACAACAUCAGAAAGCAGUGCUCGUAGCAGUCAUACUCCUACAGCAUUUCGACCACUUUACAAAGAAGAUGCCUUUUUUGGUGGAAGUUUGGCACGUCUCUCUCAAUACACAUCUCAGGCCCAUUCUAUAGAUUAUCAUGUAUCUGUAAGCCAUUUACCGACAAAGCAAGAUAUUGAAGAAGAGAGAGAAUGUCAACUUUGCCCAGAGGCUGUGCAGAGAGCAUUAGGUUCUAUGCUGGAUCUUUCAUUGCUUCAGAGCCCAUCAUUUAUGUUGCUUUCAGUGUCUGGUUUCCUUACAAUGAUGGGUUUUUAUGUGCCCUUCAUAUACAUUACAGACAGGGCGACAAUAAAUGGUAUGGACCAGUCUCUUGCAAUGUGGUUGGUUUCCACAAUUGGCAUUGCAAACACAAUUGGAAGGAUAGGUUGUGGAGUCCUUGGCAGCUUUCCUGGCUCAAAACCGCUGUUUAUAAACAAUGUAGCACUAUCAAUUGGAGGAAUUGCUACACUGCUAAGUGGAAUAUCAACAGCCGAUGGAUAUCUUUUCUUCUAUUCUGCUGUAUUUGGUUUAGCAACAGCAUGUUUUGCCUCACUCCGUUCCCUAAUUAUAGUGGAUCUACUAGGACUUGAACGCUUGACAAAUGCUUUUGGAUUAACAUUGAUGUUUCAAGGUGUUGCUGCUGCCAUUGGAUCGCCUCUUGCUGGUGCAUUCAUGGAAGCAACAGGCAGCUAUGAUGCUUCAUUUUACCUCUCUGGUGGACUCAUACUGGCUUCAGCAAUCAUCCUUUACCCUCUGGGCAAGGUCAAUGCUUGGGAAAAAUCAAGGCAAAAGAGAAAAGGGGAGAAAACAAACUGUGUUAUAUGACAUGAUAUAUAGCAUGAUACUCAAUAAUUAUUUGAUACUCAGAUGUUGUAUGUGAGCGACUGUAAAUACAUACAGAAGACUUUUCUGUCAAAACAGAAAAUUUCAUUGAGUUUUGUUGUGGACUCAUUGUAUGACUGUAAAAUAUUCAAGUUUAAGAAGAAAUAUCAAGUACAACAAAUAUUGAUGUUUCAAAGUACUUCGUACUAAAUGGAAACUGUUUCAUAUGUGCCAUAUAGAUAUUGAACUGUGUAUAAAAUGUACUACUUUGACAAUAAUAUAUUACUGCUGGAUUCUUUUUAAUAUUGAAAGCUUGUACAGAGAUGAAAUGAGUUGUUAAUUAUGUAAUUUUUGUAUUUAUUGGUGCUCUGUGUACAUAAUGUAACUGUACAGCAUUUACUUUGUCAAUAUUUAGAGAAAAUGUAUUUGGCUAUAAUUUAUCACCUGCACAUCACCACAACUGGGUAAUAAACAUUUUUUACAAA